UCAUGGUAAUCAACGAUUCAGCCAUUUGCAAUUGUUUCUUCAUUUGCGUUCGUUGCUAUUCUCGUCGAUUUUUCUGAAAUCGUAUUCAGCGUCGUCGCAUUGGAGCACAAUGUCCUUCAAUCGAGGAGUGAAAAGAGAUUCCUUCGGGAAUCGAGGGAAUUUCAAUCGUGGAAGUAGUGGAGGCAGUGGUAACAGAGUUGGCAAUAACAUGGGUAACAAUAAUAUGGGAAAUAAUAUGGGUGGAGGAAUGAGUGGAAGUGGUAGUAUGGGUGGAAUGAAUCCCUGGGAAGGUGGAAUGAUGCCUGGCAGAGGCAUCUUGCCCACACCCAAUAAUAAUCUCUCUCUGGCAUCGCCACAGGCACAGCUAGCGAUUGCUAGUAAUCUUCUUACAAAUUUACUUCGCAGUCAGCAAGAAGUGCAACCACAGGUACCAUCCCUUAUGAGUCUUGGAAAUAAUUAUUCUGGACCAGGACCAAAUUAUCCCAAUCAACAGAACUAUUCUUCGGGACGGUUUAGCGAUCGACCGGCACGGCAUCCUAUGAAGAAUCAACGUCCUCAGCCUUACAACAAAAUGGGCAAUCGAGCCCGUGAUGGCCCUGCUGGGCGGCGUGGCCCAUCCGCACAACAAUCUCGUGCACCCCAGUCUGGCAGUCAACGUAUGAACGGAAACCAAAUCCAACAUCGCAACGAUAAAUCUUCUAAACCAAUUCCUGCCUCUAAACAAAAUCAGACUGCCAAAAAGGAACAGCAAGAUGUUAAGACUUCUGAUAGCGAAAAAGCAGAACCGCCUGUUCCAAAAAGUGACGACGCAGACGAAUCCGAGGGCAAAAAGGAUUGGAAGGAUGGGAAGGUAGAAUCUGAAAAGGUUGAAAAAAUGGAAGAUGAAAAGACGGAAGAUGCCGAGAAAAAGGUGGAAAAUCCUGUCGCUGCAGACGAUUUCGCGACAAAAGAGACGAAAGAGACAUCUGAAAAACCCGAGAAAGAGAACACGAAAACGCCUGGCAAGAAAUCAGAGGCCAGACACGCCGAGAGUCGUUACGCCGAAGUUCCGAUGAGCCAUAUGUUUUGCCACAUUUGCAACAAACAUAUGUGGGAUGGAUUUUCCUUCGAAAAUCAUCUACGCGGACGUGCGCAUCAGCUGAUGAUGGAAAAAUUGGACGAAUCGUAUAAAUUAAAAGUCGAUCUAAUGAGACAUGAAUUGCGAGUCGCCGAGGAGCAGCGCGAACUUAGCUUAAACAACUCGAAACGGCGCGGCAAAAAAGUUUCUGUGGAUUUUAAUGUGAGAGAAUAUUGUACGAUGUGUGAUCUGAACUUUUAUGGAACUUUAUCUACACAUAGAAAGAGCGAAAAGCAUCAGCAAUUGAAAACAUUCUUGCAUCCCCGAUGUUUCCCCUGUUUAAAGGAAUUCCCCUCUCGCAUUGAAUAUGACGAACAUUGUUUAACACCCGCUCAUAUGAAAAAUGCCGUUCAGUGCGAGGAGCAACGAAAAAAUAAGAAGAAAGAAAAACUGGCAAAAGGAGAAGCUGAAGUUCGUACUGCAGAAGAUGAAGAGAAGGAUGUUUGCCAUGAUGUAAAGAAUGAAAAAGAAGAGGAUUCAGGAGAACAAGAAUAUAUCACAGAUAUUUCUGAAAAUCUGAAUGAAAAGAAAUUUAAAAUACCGUCUUAUAAAUAUUGCCGUCAAAAUCAGAUAUUUAUCGGUAAAUCUAUGGUUAAGGAAGUCCAAGGAUUUUAUUGCGAGCGUUGCCGAAGAUUCAUGCUCUUGGCAGAAGAUAUGAACGCUCACUUACGUAGCAUCACUCACUAUCGAAACUUCUUAGCAGAGGUAAAAUCGUUAACAUCAAAUACAACAGCUACAGAAUCGAAAGAUACUGAACAAACUGAGAAUGAGAAACAUGCCGUCGAAGUUCAGGAAGAAUGCGAUAGGAAACGUCGCAAGAUCGGUGAUGAAAAUGAAGAUAACGAUAAAUUGAAAGAAUCGCAGGAAAAUAAUGCUGAUAAUGCGAACGCAGCGCCGAAAAGACCGGAUGGAGAAGAGAAAUAUGAUCCCUUGGAAGCCGACGCUGCUGAAUCAGAGGAGGACGAAACUCGCGAGGCGGAGGAAGAUGCGAAAGAUGUUAACGCGGGAAACGCUGCUAACACUGCACAGGAAAAGAAAACACCGGUUGACGAAAUGUGGGCGGAUAUAGACAAUGAUAAUGAUGUGGAAAUGGGUAAUUUGGUCGACGAUGCGGACGAGAAAGAACACGUGGAUCAUGAAAAGCCUCUUCAGAAGGUAGAUCGAAAUCACAGUCCUCAAAUUAAACCUAGAGGCCGUGGAUACGUACGCGGUCGUGGUGGUCCGCGCGCUAGAAGAUCUCGGCGAUAAGGUAAUACUAAAUGAUAAAAAUGCAUGAAAAUGCGAAAAAAUGCAUUGGAAAGAAAAUUUCAAUUAUAUGUUUUGUGUUUUAAGAUAAGUUUUAAUGAUAUAAAAAAUAUAAAACACGUUUUUUAUUGAAGCAUCUCGGUAUGCUUGUGUAAUGUUACGCAUAAUAUUUACAAGCGUAAACACACAAAUAUAUAACAUAAAAUCUUAUUCAUAGGGGAUUUAUUUCGUUAGUAUCGCCUAUCAGAAAAGACGCGUGAGAGACGUCAGGAUGUUUGUACAUGUAUCAAUUUUAGCCACAUAUAUAUAAUAUAUUAUAAUAAUAUAAUAAUAUAUAUAUUAAUAUAUU